AUAUAUAUAGGAAAUUCAAUUCAAUUCAAAUCAAUUUGCAAAAAUCGCGCUACAUAAAAAAAAAACUUUGUUGCACGCGUGCGCGGCAUGUUGGCAUACUUAUAGCUGCAACUGUUUUUCUUUGUUCAACAGUGGCUCUAAAUAACGUUCGUCUCUCUAUAUCUAUACGUAUGUGUCAAAUAUAUAUGUGAGUGUGUGUGCGGUGUGUGUGUGUGUGUGCUGGUGUGCAUAAGUGCACUUACAUUGUGAUAUGGAGCAACAGCAGCACGCGUCUUAGCAACAUUUCUUAGCUUAGCUACAUGUUGCUACAACAUACAUACGAUCAAAAGUUUGUUGCCCGCUCGCUCGCACAGUCUCCGGCAAAAAAAGGGAGAUUGACAAAACACUUUGUGCCGAGCGUCGUACAUUGAACUACUGUUAUUGUGUUGUAGGUAUUGGUAUUGGUGUUGUGGUUGUGUAAUCCGAGCAAGAUGACCACCAUGCCCGUGGUCUGGUGCACCGAUCCCAAUUCGGUGAACAACAAGCCAACGGCCUUUGCCCUGCAUGGCAUACAGCUGCAGGGCAAUGUGACCGAGAAGCAGGUGAAUGCAUUGCGCGAGCUGGUGAAUGCAGCGGCCGAGGGACGCCUCAUACUGCCCUCGGACGGUACGUUUAUGCUGCUGGACAGCGGCCUCAGUAUCGAGAGCUCCAUAUUGGCGGGCAGCAAGCAGACGGCGAACGAGGGCAGCCAGGUGGAUGCGCCCAAGAAUGCCAAGAAUACGUAUAUAUUGAUGCCGGUGAGCAAUAAGAGUGCAACAGCAGAAGGAAUUGCUACAGCAGCAGCAGCAGGAGCAGCAGCAGCAGCAACAGUUGCAAGCAUAUGCCAAAAUGGCCAGCAGGAAUAACAGUUGCAGCUCCAGCGUCAGCUCCAGUGCCACAUAUAAGCGUAAUUUUAAAAUCUAUGAUAAGCUAGUGUACGGCACCAUCUACGAUAUAAUACAG